UCACAGGCAGCCACACUAUUUAUAUGCUGACGUGCCGCUUCCAGAUUGUUUACGUGAAAAUAGGUAAUUAAACGACAAUAUCACACAAAAUGCUGGACGUACAAACGCAUAUGGACUUUGUGGGCCAAGGAAAGGCCGAACGCUGGUCCCGGCUCAUUAUCACCGUGUUUGGAAUAAUCGGCUUGAUUUACGGUGCAUUUGUGCAGCAAUUCUCCUUUACUGUUUACAUUCUGGGAGCCGGAUUUGUGCUCUCAUCCUUGAUCACCAUUCCUCCCUGGCCGCUGUACCGCCGGAAUCCCCUGAAGUGGCAGAAAGCCAUUGAGACGGACACGAAGUCUUCCAGCUCCGAGUCCGGGGACGAAGGAAAAAAGAAAAAGAAGUAGACUUAGCCAACGUGUAUUUUCCUCCGUACAAAUAUAAACCUCUAUAACUA